GAUCCUUGCAGUAAAGGUUUUCUCUGCUACUCGUGUCUUCUCUCUGGUCUUCAAGUUGCUGAGUAGUGCUAGCCUGGGGUUAUCCGUAUAGCUUAGGAUCUGAAUAAGCGUUCAACCCACAAGACAUAUCAGUGGCGACGGGAAAAUGACAAUGAAUAUUUCUCUGGAGCAAUUAGAAGCCUAUAUGGUGCGUCAAGAAAAGAGGUUUGAAGAGUCCCAAAUUAGAAUCAUGGAAACCCUGAUGCAGAAAUUACUCCUGUCCGAGAGAAACCCUGCUUCCAGUCAAUCACAAGUACCACAUACUGAUUCAGUCAUUAACGCCAUACAUGAAUUCAAUUUUGAUGGUGUAGCAGGUAUAACUUUUGAGUCGUGGUUUAAGAAGUAUGAAGAUUUGUUUUAUAUUGAUCUUUGCAACCUGAAUGAUGCUUCGAAAGUCAGAAUACUUCUCAGAAAACUGGGGACUGUGGAACAUGAACGCUACAGCAACUUCAUUCUCCCGAAGAACCCACGAGAUUUUAGUUUUGAUGAAACAGUCAAAACCCUGUCCCAAAUUUUCGGAGAGCAAUCAUCUUUAUUUAAUAUCCGUUAUCAGUGUUUAAAGUUAACGAAAGAAUCUGGAGAUGAUUGGGUGAAACAUGCAGGAACUGUGAACCGUGAAUGCGAGAGGUUCAAAUUAUCGUCCAUGUCUGAGGACCAGUUUAAAUGUUUAAUAUUUAUCUGCAGCCUGCGUUCUCCUGAUGAUGCUGAUAUCCGGACCAGAAUCCUAAGUAAACUUGAACACUGCCCUAACAUGACCCUACAGGAAGUAACUACCGAGUGCCAAAGGUUAGUGAACUUGAAGCAUGAUACUUCAAUGGUAGAAAACGGUAACUGUCCCCAUAAUGUCAAUGCAGUCAAGAGAAAAUCCUUGCAAGGUUUCAGCACACCUAAUUAUCGUAAUAACGGUGACAAACCAUCAUCUCCAUGCUGGGCAUGUGGAGGCUGGCACUAUAAGAGGUUUUGCCCGUAUAAAGAACAUUGUUGCAGUAAAUGUCAUCGAAAGGGCCAUAUAGAAACCAGCUGCAGGAAAAGAAACUAUAAACGACAUUUUGCAAAAUCUUACUUCAAGAAAUACAGGUCUGGGGCAUUAACGAAAAGAAUAUUGGUAUCACAUAACAAAGCUCGAAGGUGCCGCCAGAGAAAGUACGUAACCUUGAAUAUUAAUAAACAUCGCAUUCGACUUCAGCUUGAUACUGCUUCUGAUAUUACUUUGAUAAGUCCAGAAACUUGGAAGAAGAUUGGGCGACCCUCGGUGCAUCGAACAACACAAAUAGCACACAGUGCAUCAGGUGGGAAGUUAAACAUUGUUGGAGAGAUACCUUGUAUUGUGUCUAAAAAUGCUGUAACAACAAAUGCAACAGUGUAUCUUACAAAGAAGCCAGCACUCGACUUAAUGGGGUUGGAUCUUAUAGAAACACUUGACCUAGCAGACCACUCUAUUAACCGUAUCUGUAAUCGAAUCACAACUUACAACACCUCAGAGUGGAGUCAGAAAAAUGCCAUGCUACAAAAACACCAAGACGUGUUUCAAGAAGGAUUAGGCGAGUGCACGAAGGCUAAAGCAGUGCUAACUCUAAAGCCUGCAACUACUCCCAUUUUUCGACCUAAAAGACCUGUGCCCUAUGCUGCCCUUCCAAUAGUCGAACAGGAAUUACAGCGACUUCAGCAAAUGGGUGUUAUCGAGCCUGUGAACUUCUCGAACUGGGCUGCACCAAUAGUGGUGGUCAAGAAGUCGAAUGGAAGUGUCCGUCUAUGUGCAGACUACUCCACAGGAUUAAAUGAAGCUCUAGAGUCACAUCAGUAUCCGUUGCCCUUACCAGAAGAUCUUUUCGCUAAGCUGAACGGUGGCAGAUAUUUUGCGAAAUUGGACUUAUCAGACGCAUAUUUUCAAAUCCCGGUAUCUGAUGAAAGCAAAGAUCUUUUAACGAUCAACACACACAAAGGUCUGUUCCGGUAUAACCGACUACCUUUUGGGGUGAAGACAGCGCCUUCUAUUUUUCAGCAAAUUAUGGAUACCAUGUUACAAGGUAUUCCAGGGGCAGCAGCUUACUUAGACGACAUCAUAAUUAUGGCAGUAGAUAAAAUGGACCUGCAGAAGAAACUAGACCAGGUACUAGAACGCGUAGCCGAUUAUGGUUUUCGACUCCGAGCGGAAAAAUGUGACUUCUAUAUGCAGCAAGUACGGUACCUGGGUUUCAUAAUAGAUAAAGACGGAAGACGACCAGAUCCAGAGAACAUUGAAGCGGUGAAAACAAUGCCUAGACCCAGGGACAUUACCACCCUACGAUCAUUCUUGGGGUUGGUCAGCCAUUAUGGUACCUUCCUCCCUGAUCUCCAUCGUCUACGUUCUCCACUAAACAACCUAUUACAAAAGAAUACGAGAUGGAAUUGGUCUGCAGACUGCCAAGCGUCUUUCGAGAAAAUCAAGCAACUCCUGACUUCCAAUCUUUUAUUGACACACUAUGAUCCUUCUCUACCGAUAGUCGUCGCUUCAGAUGCUUCGAACUAUGGUGUGGGUGCAGUUAUCUCUCACAUUUUUCCUGAUGGGUCUGAAAAAGCUAUCUCACACGCUGCCAGAUCUUUGACAACGACCGAAAGGAACUAUAGUCAGAUUGAAAAAGAGGCCCUAUCAAUUAUCUUUGCAGUGAAGAAGUUCCAUAAGAUGAUAUAUGGCCGACAUUUUACUCUAAUAACAGACCAUAAACCACUACUUGCAGUUUUUGGGUCAAAGAAAGGUAUUCCAGUUCAUACAGCUAACCGACUCCAACGAUGGGCAACCACACUUCUUGGUUACGACUUCAAGAUAAAGUAUCAGUCUACUACUGCCUUCGGACAAGCUGACGCAUUGUCAAGAUUAAUAGGCUCCAAAUCAAAAACCCCAGAGGAGACUCUUGUAGCAAGUAUAAAAGCCGAGGAAGAAGUUCAUCGGGUAUUGGAUGACGCAAUCAAUGGACUCCCAGUAACCUUUGAAACUAUCAAGAAGAUCACUGAAUGCGAUAAGAUACUGAGCACAGUCAAAUGCUAUCUCUCGUCCAAAUGGCCAAACAAUCGCCUUGACGGAGAACUUUUGCAAUAUUUUCGUCGACGGGACUCACUAAUGGUUGUUGACUCGUGUAUUAUGUUCGGUGAUCGAAUCGUUAUUCCGAAGUUAUUACGUCACAAGGUUCUCAAGCAGUUUCACAAUGGCCAUCCUGGAAUAAAUAAAAUGAAAUCGUUGGCUCGUAGUUAUGCUUAUUGGCCGUCAAUGGACAAAGAUAUCGAGAAUAAAUGCCGUAACUGUCCAUCAUGCAUUCAAGCCGCUAAAAAUCCUGUGAAAUGCGAACCGCAGUAUUGGCCUACGCCAGCGGGACCCUGGGAAAGAAUUCAUGCAGAUUUUGCUGGUCCAAUCCAAGGAAAAAUGUUUCUAAUUAUCGUAGAUGCAUUUACUAAAUGGCCGGAAGUAUAUACCAUGCCAAAUUGUACAACCUCAGAAACAAUCUACAAGCUGUCUACCCUGUUUAGCUGUUUUGGAGUACCAGAGACCUUAGUAACAGACAACGGCUCGCAAUUCGCCGCAGAAUCGUUUAAGCAUUUCUGUAAAGCAAACGGAAUAACUCACCUUCGUUCUUCACCCUAUCAUCCACAAUCUAACGGACAAGCAGAACGCUUCGUGGACACUUUUAAACGAGCAUUACUGAAGGGGGGAGGCGAAGGGCCGACUGGGCAGGUGAUCACGAAAUUUUUAACAUCCUACAGAUCCACUCCGAAUCCGAAUGUUCCGGACGGCAAGUCUCCUGCGGAAGACAUGUUCGGAAGACGUGUUCGAACCGUCUUCAAUGCCAUGUUGCCAUCCCAAUUAGUUGAUGAGCGCAGUCACAAUCCAAGUAUUCGGAACUUCAGUGUCGGCGACAAAGUUUACAUUAAAUCCUACAUCGGGAAGAACCGAUGGGAGCCAGGAGAAGUCGUACAAAAAUUGGGAAGAGUUCUGUACAGAGUUCGAGGAACUUUUGGGAUGUGCAUACGACACACAAAUCAAAUCCUUAAAGACAAAAGAAUGAUGCAGAAUCGAAGUAACCCGCCGAAUUUUCCGUUAGAUUUAAUCUUAGACUCACCAACGCCACAAACGCCAAUGAAUACUGAAAGGAAGCCGUGGACAGGGAAGAUGACGAGAAUAAUGGGACGACGUCGCAACCCAGUUACCAAACUACAAGUUGACCCUAGGAAGAAGUCUUAUUCGGGGGAGGUGUUAAGUCGGCUUCCCGCGAACUCCAACAGAGCCCCCAGAGGCUCAAAAAGAGUCCCAACCAAUCAGAGUACGACAGAACAUUCUGGAGUUCCAACGUGGCACGCUACCAUUGGUCAGUAGCAAUAUAUGUCGUUUAUUGGAUUGGCUGAAUUAGGAUGUUGAUUUAACUUAAGCAAACAUCUAUAAAUACUUACGAUUUUCUGUACAAAAAUGAUCCUUGCAGUAAAGGUUUUCUCUGC